AUGGCCGUCGAAAUCUAUGUUAUUCUUGUUUUCCUUAUUUAUAUUAUAUUCAAUGCCAGUGCAAUUUAUAAUUUUGUCAAGGAGCGUCGGAGGGUAAUUUCGCUUCUCAAAAAAGUGCCAGGACCCCUUGCACUACCAAUAAUUGGCACCACGUUCCAGUUCAAGCUUAACCCAAAAGCAUUUGCGCAACAAAUGAGAGAUUGGGCUGGAUAUUAUAACAAAGUUGGAACGGAUUUAGCAAUAUUUUGGAUCGGACCUCAUCCGAUGGUCAUUGCCCUUAAUCCUGUGACAAUUAAGGCAAUUUUGGAAAGCAAUGUGGUGAUUAAUAAAAGUCGAGAAUACGAGAUAUUCCUUCCGUGGCUCGGCACCGGUUUGCUUCUAGCUGGAGGCAGCAAAUGGAGACAACGUAGGAAAAUGCUGACACCUUCGUUUCAUUUUCAAGUUCUCAACGAUUUUCAAGCAAUUUUCGAUUAUCAGUCAAAGAUUUUAGUGGAUCAACUAAAUAAAAAAGUCAAAGAAACGUCGACUUUUGAUAUUUUCCCUUUUAUCAAACGAUGCGCACUGGAUAUUAUUUGUGAAACUGCUAUGGGAAGCACUGUUAAUGCUCAAACUUACCACAGUCAUCCAUAUGUAAAGGCGGUUUCGAAUAUGAACAUUCUAUCCUAUAAAUAUCAAAGAAUGCCGUGGCUUUGGAUAAAGCCGAUCAAAUAUCUUUCGGGUUUCGCGAAACAGUAUGAGAAAAAUUUGGCGACUGUCACCAAUUUCACGAAGGAAGUUAUCGAAAGCAAAACGAAAGAGUUUGAAGAAGCUGGCAACUCGUGGGGCAAUAAAGAUAAGAAGGCGUUUCUUGAUAUGCUGAUUGAGCUCAAAGAAGAAGGCGGUUUGACGUAUGAGGAUAUUCGCGAAGAAGUUGACACAUUCAUGUUUGAAGGUCACGAUACAACAUCCGCUGGAAUCGGAUGGACAUUAUGGUGUUUGGCGAACAAUCCAGAAAAUCAGAAAAAAGCUCAACAGGAACUCGACGAAAUUUUCGGUGAUUCGAACCGAGAAUGCACUAUUGAUGAUUUGAAACAAAUGAAGUAUGUCGAGAAAUGUGUGAAAGAAGCUCUCCGAUUACGACCGUCGGUUCCGCAUUUUGCUCGAAUUAUUGAAGAAGACAUCGACAUAAAUGGUGUUACUGUGCCACGUGGCACCUCGAUUCUCAUCUCGCCAGCAUUCAUUCAGAAUAGCGACAAAUUCUUCGACAAUCCUGAGAUUUAUGAUCCGGAGAGAUUUAGCGAAGAGAAUAUCACAAAGCGUCCAGCUUAUACCUAUAUUCCGUUUAGUGCGGGUCCGCGAAAUUGCAUAGGUCAAAAAUUUGCACUACAGGAAGAAAAAACGGUCAUUUCGUGGGUGCUUCGAAAAUUCGAGGUUUUCACUGACAUCGGCCUCGGCGAGAACAUGCCUCUUCCGGAAACGAUUCUGCGGCCCGAACUCGGGUUUCCCAUCACUUUGACACCACGCGUCUAA